AUGGAGUUGAGUGGCAAAGGCAGUGAAGCAAGGAUCCCUGAGCUGGGCUGGCAGAAUCCAGGUCUUGCCAGCCGCAGGUCUGACUUCUGGGUCACGGGCUCUGGCCGCCUUCCUGUCUCUGCCCUGGGGUCAGCUGGUUCUUUCUCUCUGCAGCUGUGCCACGACCGUGGCUACCUAGUGACCCAGGACGAGCUUGACCAGACACUGGAGGAGUUCAAAGCCCAAUUUGGAGACAAGCCGAGUGAGGGGCGGCCGCGGCGCACUGACCUCACCGUGCUGGUGGCCCACAACGAUGACCCCACCGACCAGAUGUUUGUGUUCUUUCCAGGUGAGCAGCGGGUCCCGGGGGAGUUCUGCCUCUUUCUGGUUUUCCUCUCAUCGGUCCCCUUUCUUCCUGCCAACCAGGAGAGUCCCAUGGACCUCCCUACUCACCCGCAGCCCCUCAUGACCUUUGCCCUACUUGUGUUCCUUGGCUCCCCCAUCCUGGCCGUUGGGAAAUGGAGUUGGGGUUGUCUGGGCGCCUCUCUCUUCCAGUCCCUGGUCGACAUGGCCCCCAAGUACAUCCUGGAGCAGUUUCUGCAGCAGGAGCUGCUCAUCAACAUCACGGAGCACGAGCUGGUCCCUGAGCACGUCGUCAUGACCAAGGAGGAGGUGACAGAGCUGCUGGCCCGAUAUAAGCUCCGAGAGAACCAGCUGCCCAGGAUCCAGGCGGGGGACCCUGUGGCGCGCUACUUUGGGAUAAAGCGUGGGCAGGUGGUGAAGAUCAUCCGGCCCAGCGAGACGGCGGGCAGGUACAUCACCUACCGGCUGGUGCAGUAGCCACCGCCUGACAGCCCCUAGAGGCAGACACACAGACAGUGACCCCCAUCCCUGCAGGACGGACGCCCCUGCCCUGCCAGAGUCCAGCCCCCCAGCUCUCCCGGCUGCUGCUGCUCUGGACUCCCCAAGGCAGGUGGCCUUCACCCAAGUUCUCCCGUCCUGGGGUGAGGCCCAGCCGGCCCCAUUCACGUGUGGAUUUGUGCAAGAUGCAGCCUCAGAAGAGAUAAAGCCCCUGAGGGAGGUCACCUGGGGGCAGUUGGUGCCGGGCCCCCUCUGUUGGGGGUUUGGGGUCCCGGUCUCCCACCAGCCACUGCUUCCUCCCGGGCUCUCAGCCUUCUACCCCUUGUCUUCCCUUCCUCGGGGGCCCUGAUGCGUGGUGGCCCCCGCCCAGCCUCGGCUCCUUACUCCAUUCACAGCUGUGCACACCCUCGAGCCACCAGGGUGUGAGAUUCCAGCUCUGGAGUUUUCGGUUGUUGUAGGAGGUUGGGUGUUUUCAAACGUUAAAGAUGUUUUCAGCAAAUAAAUUCGCUUGAUAUGAAAACCA